GGAGAAACUGGAGAAGCAGAUGUCUCAUGUUUCAUCUAAGAAAGGUCUCUGUGUUUUUUUUUCUUGUUCUUUAACUGAUGAUGGAGGCAGCAAAGAUUUGGUUUUGAGUUGAUAAAAUUUUCCAACCGCUUUAGGAAUAUUUUAGAAUUUAGUACAUGCUAUUUGAUUCAAAAAUAGUAAAGUUCUGAGGCUUAAAGAGGUUUGGUGUACGAGGAUGAGAAAAAGAUGAAAAAGAAAGUGGGCGGGUAGGGGUUUACCUACAUCUUGUGGAAUAAGAAUCAAAGUUAACUGUUUGUUGUUUAGUGGUUACACCAAAAUCAGUCUAUACAGGUUAGACUAUCCUUGCCUUCAACUCAACUCCAUAUAAAAAGGUAAUAACUCUGCUUACUCUUUCUUCUCACAAGUCAGAAUCGAAAUGGAGCAAGUCUGGUUAUUCUGUGUGUUGUUGGUUUUUGUAGCUUCACUUGUUAAUGCAGAAGUUCACUUCCAUGAGUUCAUUGUGUGUUUUACUACUUCCCUCCUUUUUGGUUGUUACUCACAUUGAGAUAUGCUUAAGUUAUUUUGUCUUCUUUUUUUGUGUUUCCUUUUAGAUCCAAGAGACGCCGGUGAAGAGGCUGUGCAGAGUUCAUAACUCCAUCACGGUGAACGGACAGUUUCCAGGGCCAACCUUGAAGGUUAGAAACGGCAUGGGAUAAAGCAGAUGAGGAAUCCAUGGGCGGAUGGACCAGAAUACAUAACACAAUGCCCAAUCAAACCAGGAGGGAGUUACACUUACAGAUUCAACAUCGAAGAACAAGAAGGUACCUUGUGGUGGCACGCCCACAGCAGAUGGCUGAGAGCCACCGUGUACGGAGCUCUCAUCAUCCGCCCUCCGCUCUCUUCUCCUCAUUACCCUUUUCCAGUUCUCCCCAAGAGAGAGUUCACUCUACUCUUAGGGGAAUGGUGGGACAGAAACCCCAUGGAUGUCCUGAACAUGGCUCAGUUCACGGGAGCUGCACCAAACGUAUCAGACGCCUUCACCAUCAACGGUCAGCCUGGUGAUUUCUACAGAUGCUCCAGCCAAGAAACUUUGAGGUUUCUGGUGGGAUCAGGAGAGACCGUCCUCCUCAGGGUCAUCAACUCUGGCUUAAACCAAGAGCUCUUCUUCGGUGUGGCGAAUCACAAACUGACAGUGGUUGCUGCGGAUGCCUCCUACACCAAACCUUUCUCCACCAAUGUCAUAAUGUUAGGUCCAGGUCAGACAACUGAUGUGCUUCUAACCGCAGACCAACCGCCAGCACACUACUACAUGGCGGCACACGCUUACAACAGCGCCAAUGCUCCCUUUGACAACACCACCACCACAUCAAUCCUGGAGUACAAAGACGCCCCCUGUGUUACUAGUCAAUCACAGGCACGUGCAAUCCCCGCGCAGCUGCCAGGAUUCAACGACACAGCAACAGCAGCAGCCUUCACAGCUCAGAUGAAGAGUCCUUCAAAAGUUGAAGUACCCCUCGAGGUCGACGAGGACUUGUUCUUCACAGUGGGGUUGGGACUAUUCAACUGCCCAACCCCCAACACGCAAAGAUGUCAAGGCCCUAACGGAACACGCUUCACCGCCAGCAUCAACAACGUCUCAUUCGUCUUCCCCAGACAAAACUCCAUCCUGCAAGCCUAUUACCAAGGCACUCCCGCUGGAGUUUUCACCACAGACUUCCCUCCUGUUCCUCCAACCACAUUUGACUACACAGGAAACGUGAGCAGAGGGCUAUGGCAGCCUACACGCGGAACAAAGGCCUACAAGCUAAAGUACAAGUCCAAAGUACAAGUUAUACUGCAAGACACAAGCAUCGUGACCAUUGAGAAUCACCCAAUGCAUCUCCACGGGUACGAGUUCUAUGUAGUUGGGACAGGUAUUGGUAACUUCAACGCGAACAAAGACACAUCCAGCUUCAACCUCAUUGAUCCGCCACGGAGAAACACAAUUGGAACACCUCCUGGUGGAUGGAUAGCUAUCAGAUUCGUGGCGGAUAACCCUGGAGUGUGGCUGAUGCAUUGCCAUAUAGACGCACAUAUAUUCUGGGGUCUGGCUAUGGUCUUUUUGGUUGAGAACGGUGAAGGGCACUUGCAGUCUGUACAGUCUCCACCAUUGGACUUACCUCAGUGUUAAAAAGACUCAAUAUAAACACUCAUAUAGACUGUGUUACAAAAAAAAAAACACUCAUAUAGACUUGACUUGUUAAGUAAGAUUGGGAAAUGACUUAUAUUGCUUCUACA